GUUCUCUUUCCCUCUUACCUUUAUCCCUUUCUUUAUUCCGUAUCCACGCAAGAGAUGCUGUUCAGGUCUCUCAUUACCUCUUCUCUCGCACUUGCAUCGGUUGCGUUCGCCGCACCGGUUGACACGACCACUAAUGCUCCAUCCGACCCUACCGUCGAGACCUACAAUGCCUUUGUGCGCCCCUCAAUGAUCGUGUUCGGCGACAGCAUGUCGGACAACGGCCACAUGCCGCACUACUCCAACUACUCGCAGUACUGGGGCGGUCGGUAUAGCAACAGCUACAUGUGGAAUGAGUACACUGCGUUCCUGACUAACCUGAAACUGGAGAACUAUGCCAUCGGCGGCUCUACGACCGACAACAGCUUUGUGCCUGCCUACGGUCGUACGCAGCUGAUCCCCAGCAUCACCGAGAUUGUCAAGCAGUACAUUGCCAACAACACUGGCACGUCAAACUUCAAGAAGGUGAACUCGCUGGUGUUCAUUGACGGCGGAGGCAACGACAUUGGCUACUCCGCCGAUGGACUCAGCAAUGGUUCGAUUGACGCGACCUGGUUUGUCAGCACUCUUGUGGGCAACCAGGUAGCCAACAACUCUGUCGCCUCCAUCAAGAAGUCGCGCUCGGAUGCCAACAACGUCAGCCUGCUUGACUUGGACUCGAUGAUGUCGGUGAUUCUGGACAAGGAUGUGCUCAAGGCAAUCAACAUCACAGAUCUGUACCCGCCGUGCGCUGACUACAGCACUAACGGCGAGCAGCCCACCUUCUGCUCGGACCCUGACACCCGGUUCCUGUAUGACCCGUCACACCCCAGCGGCCGCAUCGAGUACAUUCUUGGUGUGACUGUCGCGACGAUGCUGCAGAUUCCGUUCUUCUCUUCGUCGUCUCCUCUGUAUGAUAUUGCGCACAGCGACAAGGACCACAACAUUAUUGCGUUUUCCAACUCGAUCUUUGGUUAAGAUGUCUGCCUUCCUUAAUGUUACACGUUCAA